AUGGCAGGCGAAACCGACAGCCCGAACUCCGAUCUCGGACAGCCCACCACCAAGCACCUUCAUCCAGUGUACACCGUUGGUAACAUCCAACACAAAGUUUGUGUCCUCGACGGCACCAAAGUCCCGUACUCUUCAUGGGUAAAGCUUUUCAAGCUUCACCUUCGAGGCUACAAGGUGCUGUCUCAUGUUGAUGGUACCACUCCUCCGGCGAAAACCGACGCACACUUCUCCACGUGGCAGGAGAUUGACUCUCAUGUCCUUCAAUGGAUCUAUGGAUCCAUUUCUGAUGACUUGUGCUUGCGGAUACUCGAACCCGACACCACCGUUCGUGAAGCGUGGUUGAAACUUCAGAAUUUGUUUCAUAACAAUAAAGGGUCCCGAGCAGCCACUCUUGAACACGAAUUCAAUAAUCUCAAACUCACAUCCAUGUCUUCUCUUGAUGAUUAUUGCCACCGUCUCAAAGAACUUGCUGAUAAACUUUCCGACGUUGAUUCGCCGGUCACCCCGCAGCGGUUAGUGCUUCAACUCGUUCGUGGUUUACCGGUCGAAUAUGACACGGUUGCUUCUUUUAUUAAUCAGCAGAUACCGUCCUUUGAGACCGCUCGAAGUAUGCUGCAAUUAGAACAACAAAGGAAGGUCGUGCGUGAUGAAACCGUGCCUUCCCCUGCUGCACUUGUCACUCCGGCAUCUCCUCCGCCGGAUUCUCAACCGUGGUCAGACCCACCACGCCCUCCGCUGCCCAAGGGUGGCCACCGCCAGCCCCGUCGGCCUCCUCGUGGGCCACAACGUGGCUCCUCUUCAAGCUCACCCUCUCUCGGGCCUGCUUCGCGCCCUACCGUGGCUGCUACUGGGCCACAACAGCCCUAUUUUCAAGCUUGGGGACCUCCUCCUCCCUACUGGACCGUUCCCCCGUUCCCCUACCCCACUUAG